AUGCCGACGGAUCUGGCUACAGACGUUGAACCGUCAAUGGAGGCUGACAUUGAAUCGGAAGUUGGUCUGCAGAAGAAGGAAAAACCAUCGGCAGGUACAUCUCAACCUGCCAGAAUUAAAACCAAGCGAAUUGAAGAUGGUAAUAAUGACAUGGAUACUAACACGCAUGAAGAAGGAUAUCAACCUGCCGGAAUUAAAAGCGAGCCAAUUGAAGAUGGUAAUAAUGACAUGGAUACUGACAAGGAUGAAGAAGCAUUAAGAGCUGCCAAGCAAAAAUCGUUCACCAUCUUUGUUGCAAACCUUCCGAAGGCAAUCACUAGAACUCAAGUGAAAGCACUGUUCAUCCAGUAUGGCACAAUUACACACAUACGCAUCAGGUCGAAUAAUGGGCGAAAGAUUUUAUUUAAGAAACAUUUGCAAUACGUGCUAUCGCUCAACGCUUACGUGCAGUUCACUUGCCAGGAAGAUAUGGAAAAAGCUUUGGAGAUGAAUGGUCAGAUGGUGGGAGAUAAUCGCAUCCGAGUUUGUCCGCAGGACAAGAAGCAAAUUGGGGGCGUCAAAUCUACGGUGUUCGUAGGAAACAUUAAGUGGGGUACAACGGAAAAUGAUCUGUACGACUUUUUCAGCCAGGCAGGUCCGAUCGAUUUCAUUCGGUUCAUUGCCACAAAGUAUAUCGCGUACGUAUGCUUCAAGGAGGGCGUUUCCAUCAAAAAAGUGCUCAAACUGGACCAGGAAAUGCUGAAUAAUCGUCCGUUGAGAAUACAGCUGGUGGAUACGGAGCGUACCAACAUAAAGCUUAACAAAAAGGGUAAUGUGGUAAAGCGCAAUAAGUUUCCAUCGAAUGGUCAACAAAAAAAUGCUGACGACGAUUUUCACGGCAAAGUAUCGGAAGCGAAGAAGAAAAACAAGAUGACACGUUCCAAUUUUGGCAUUGGUUCGGCGAAGCAAAAGAAAAUAUUUGCCAACAAGUUGCGUGAUGCAUUUAAUAAGAGAUAA